UGUUUGAAGAUCGGUGCGUUUGGCGUUUGGUGGUUUGGUGAUGUUUGCCUGAUAGAACGUCGAUAACUUGCGUGAAAUUUGUACCUGCUGGGUGGCCGAACUCUAACGCAGUUGUCAGAGCGGUGAUAUCACGUCCACGUCGGCGAUGAGCGCGGCGGAGCCGGGGCCUUCGGGCUCUUCCCAGCAGCAGACAGAGCCUCAGGAGGACAUCGCGAUGGACCAACAAAUGGAAGUGGAUGACACCGGGAGGAGUGUGAUGGCCUCGGGCACGGCGGGAAGUGUCUCGGCCUUUUUGCACCCGCUAGUGAUCAUGAACAUCUCUGAACAUUGGACCAGAAUACGGGCUCAGGAGGGCAAGGCACAACAAGUUAUUGGUGCAUUGAUAGGAAAGCAGAAAGGCCGCAACAUCGAAGUUAUGAAUUCGUUUGAAUUACAAUUUUCAACAAUAGCUGGUGAUAUAAUUAUUGACAGGGACUAUUACGGUAUCAAGGAAGAGCAAUUCAAACAAGUUUUUAGUGAUAAUGACUUUUUGGGAUGGUAUACUACUGGUGAAGGCCCAGAUGAUUCAGACAUUAAGGUUCACAAACAAAUCUGUGAAAUCAAUGAGAGCCCUGUAUUUUUGAAGCUUAAUCCCCUUUCACGGCAGUCAGAUCUUCCAGUUACCCUAUUUGAGUCAGUCAUUGACUUAGUGGCAGGAGAAGCAACAAUGCUGUUUGUGCAACUUCCGUACACUUUGGCUACUGAGGAAGCUGAAAGAAUUGGUGUUGACCAUGUAGCCAGAAUGUCUAGCAGCGAUACUGGAGAAAGUUCUUUGGUCGCUGAACAUUUGUCCGCUCAACAUAGUGCUAUCAAAAUGUUACACUCGAGAGUCCGUUUGGUACUGCAGUAUGUAAAAGCAGUUGAAUCUGGUCAAUUACCAGUUAACCAUGAAAUUCUGCGGGAAGCAUUUUCUCUCAGUAAUCGUUUACCUGUUUUACAAAGUCCUAAGUUCAAGGGAGAUUUUUAUAAUCAAUGUAAUGAUGUUGCUCUCAUGACAUAUCUUGGAGCACUCACUAAAUGCUGCAAUGAUAUUAACCAGUAUGUCAACAAAUUUAACGUAAUGUAUGAUCGAGCAGGCCUUGGUCGACGCAUGCGUGGCUUAUUUUUCCCUUAACAAACGGCUUUCAGUGAAGUUUAGACCAUCUGUUUCUCUUUUCUUAAUUUUUUGGUCUGCAAUUAAUAAGGUUCACAGUUGAACUGUACUGCAUAAGUUUGAUCCCUCACAAAUUUUACUUCACAGACAACCUGCUGUGAUUGUUUUCUCCCAUUUUUCUAGUUAUUCCAAUUUUUGUUAUUGUAAAGAUUGAGGGUUGAGGAUGUAUACUAUAUUUUAUCCUUUUAUUGUGAUGCUGUUUGGGCAGUGCUGUCAUAUUUAUUUUUGAACUUAGGUCAUGCUGAUUUGUACCUAAUGUACAGUUUAUCACAUUCAGGAUUAGGUUGUUUUUAUAAAAUAAUAAUAAUAUGCCCUAAAGAACAUCUGUAAUAAUUGUGAAUAAAUGUCGUAUUGUAGAAAAUUA